CAAUAUAACAGCUAUUUUAUCACAAUGGGAGCCCAGGUAUGCAACAUUUCUUCAGGAAUGUAGGUAAAUAAAUGCUACCUUUAGGCUGCACAAGGAAAUCAUGUCCCAUUGUGAUGAAAUUGUUGCAAUUAGUCUUGUUGAGCACAUGAGAAGUCCUAAUGGAUAUGCUUUACUACUUAGUGCUGUCAAGUCAUCCCUGAAAUUUGCCUUCCUGAAUGGAGAAACAUCCUAUGCUUCAUAUUGUACAAUUCCCCUGCAUCAUCACUACUCAGCUGGUAUUUUCCAUCAAAAUAUGAAGCAGGCAUUAUUUACAACACCCCACAAGAAUAGUGAUGUCAAUAUAGCACUAGACACUCAACGGCAGAUGAAUCAUAAAGACGACCUUAAAGCCUUUAGGUCUGGUUCAUCUUAAUCAUCCAUCAUGCCAAAAAUGGCUCUUAUUGACAAACUAGAAGAGGCGCACAGAUCCAGGCUUGACGAAUCUACCAACAAUGUCUAGGAGCCAAAAACCACUGAAUCCCUU